CCGUCUUUACCAUAUAUGGACACAGGCGCGCAUCCCUCGAGCCGCGCCUGCUUCCGCGUUGUGUGUGAGUGAUUAGGCGGAGACCGAGCGACCGGCAGCAGGAGACUGAACAUAACGAACCACACCGGGCGUCGGCUCCGUUUUGCCAUUCAUUCUGAAAAGAAAUAAAAUAAAUACCAAUAGCUCCAGCGCGUCGCGGAGGACCAACGCACAGACAUGUCGUACGAACUGAAGCACUUGUUUGCCAGCCUUCCUCAGAUGGAGAGGGGCGUGGCCAAGGUUAUUGGUGGGGACCCAAAAGGGAACAACUUCCUGUACACAAAUGGCAAGAGUGUCAUCAUCAGGAAUAUUGAUAAUCCUGCUAUUGCCGACGUCUACACGGAACAUCCUCACCAAGUCAUCGUUGCCAAAUACGCACCCAGCGGCUUCUACAUUGCCUCAGGAGAUGUGUCCGGAAAGAUACGCAUUUGGGACACGACCCAGAAGGAGCACUUGCUGAAAUACGAGUAUCAACCGUUUGGAGGAAAGAUAAAGGACAUUACCUGGACGGAGGACAGCAAGCGGAUCGCCGUGGUGGGCGAGGGACGAGAGAAGUUCGGUGCAGUGUUCCUGUGGGACUCGGGCUCCUCAGUGGGUGAGCUCGUCGGACACAGCAAGAUCAUUAACAGCGUGGACCUAAAGCAGACCAGGCCAUACAGACUGGUCACCGGCAGCGACGAUAACUGCACCACCUUCUUCGAGGGACCACCUUUCAAAUUCAAGGGCACUACCAGCCUUCACAGCCGCUUUGUGAACUGUGUCCGUUUUUCGCCAGAUGGAAACCGCUUCGUUUCAGCCGGCGCUGACGGACAGAUUUUCAUUUUCGACGGCAAGACGGCAGAACACCUGGGAUCGCUGGGAGGAGAUAAAGCUCACGACGGCGGGGUUUACGCCGUGAGCUGGAGUUCAGACAGCACUCAGCUUAUCUCCGCAUCCGGCGAUAAGACCGUCAAAUUAUGGGACGUGGCGAGCGGCACCGCGGUGACGACCUUUAAACUGGGCAAUGACGUUCUAGAUCAGCAGCUGGGUUGCCUGUGGCAGAAAAAUCACCUCCUGAGCAUUUCGCUGUCCGGAUACAUCAACUACCUGGAUAAGAGCAACCCGAACCGCCCCAUUCGCACUGUCAAGGGGCACAGUAAAUCCAUUCAGUGUGUGACUGUACAUAAAGACGACGGGAAGAACAUCAUCUACUCGGGCAGCCAUGACGGACACAUCAAUUACUGGGACGCUCAGAGCGGCGAGAACGAUGCCCUGUCAGGAAAAGGACACACAAACUCCGUGGGUAGGCUUGUCGUGGACGAGUCUGCCCAACUGGUGAGCUGCAGCAUGGACGACACGGUCCGCUUUUCCGACCUGCACAAGAAAGAGUACAGCGCUUCUGACGUGGUGAAGAUGGACACUCAGCCGAAGUCCGUGUCUGUCGGGGCAGGAGGAUUGGCCGUAGCUGUGUGUAUUGGCCAGGUGGUGCUUCUGAAGGACAAGAAGAAAGUGUUCACUCUGGACAAUCUGGGCUAUGAGCCAGAAGUGGGUGCGAUGCACCCCGGGGGUGGCACGGUGGCAGUGGGCGGAGCUGAUGGAAAGGUCUACCUCUACUCAGUCCAGGGAAACACCUUGAAGGAUGAUGGGAAGGUUCUGGAUACUAACGGCCCUGUAACCGAUCUGCGGUAUUCCAAAGAUGGGGCGUUCCUCGCUGCCUCGAACGAGAAGAAAAUCAUUGUUGUGUACGCUGUCACUGACGGUUACCAGGUUAAAAGUGAAUACUAUGGCCAUCAUGCUAAAGUGGUGUGUCUGUGCUGGAGUCCUGAUAACGAUCACUUUGCCUCCGGAGGGAUGGACAUGCUGGUGUACGUCUGGUCCGUCUCCGAUCCCGAAAAGAGGAUCAAAAUUCCUGAUUCUCACCGGUUGCACCACGUCAGCGGCUUGGCCUGGCUGGACGAACGCACUCUCGUCACGACCUCUCACGACGCGUGCGUGAAACAGUGGACGAUAAAGAUCUAAGCACUUGCACACACUUGCAGAAUCAGCAGGGACAGGGACUGCUGUAGGACACCCAUCUUUCUCGCUCUCACUUCGACCUGCGUGCUCUCUUUCGCUCUUUCUCUCUUUCAUGUGCCAGUAAUCUCAGCUGUGUGUGUGUGUGUGUGUGUGUGUGUGUGUGUGUGUGUGUGUGUGUGUGUGUGUGUGUGUGUGUGUGUGUGUGUGUGUGUCCGUGUCCAUUCUGCCUUCCGUCAGUUAACACGCUCCUUCGCUCUCAUCUGCAUUUAAAAGGAGUGACAUUCCAGAGGCAUGAGAGUGAGACCUGCAUCUGGCCAACGUUCAGCACGCACACACACACACACACACACACACACACUAAGUGUCGACAAUUAUAUUUUUAUUAACACAAAUCAACACAACUCCUGACGUAACACCACGGUUACUGUUACACUUUGGUGGAGGUAAAUUUUUUUGCUCUUUCACUCUCUCUCACUCUCUUUUACUGUGUCUCGCGCUUACAUAACGGACCUUGGUCUGUUUAUGCAUUUUGCUGAGAGGGUGUGUGUGUGUGUGUGUGUGUGUGUUUGGGUUUGUUCAGGGAGCAAUAAUAGGUUGUAAAGCAGAAACGGAACAGUCCAGAGAAAUACUGUAGUGUGUAUGUAUGUGUGUGUGUUUGUGUGCGUGUGUGGGACUGAGACACCGGUGUUCUGUCCACUGUCUCCAACAUCGUGGGUAUGUUUGUGUUAAUUAUAAGCCUCCACUUUUUCACUGGAGUGGAUGUGAUUCAUCCUAAUAAUAACAUUAAUAACUGAUGAGAAUAAAGCCGAACACUUUUUAUGCACAAA